GCUGCCUUUCCUUGGAAUAAGCGCUCUCUUGGAUGAGCGGCGCGCAGGAGGAGCGAGGAGUCCGGGCACGGAGCGGGAACUGCCGCGGAACUCGGGCUGGGACACAGCGGCACCGAGAGCGGCGGGGCUGGGCACAGAGCGACCAGCGGGCAUCCCAGCUGCGGGGCGAGUGUCCGUGUGUCCGAGUGUCUGACUGUCCGAGUGCCCGUGUGUCCGAGUGUCUGACUGUCCGAGUGUCCGUGUGUCCGAGUGUCCGAGCGUGCGUGUGUCCGAGUGUCCGAGCGUGCGUGUGUCCGAGUGCCCGUGUGUCCGUGUGCCCGUGUGUCCGAGUGCCCGUGUGUCCGUGUGUCCGAGUGUCCGAGCGUGCGUGUGUCCGUGUGUCCGUGUGUCCGUGUGUCCGAGUGCCCGUGUGUCCGAGUGUCCGAGUGCCCGUGUGUCCGAGUGCCCGAGUGUCCGAGUGCCCGUGUGUCCGUGUGUCCGUGUGUCCGAGUGUCCGAGUGCCCGAGUGCCCGUGUGUCCGUGUGCCCGUGUGUCCGAGUGCCCGUGUGUCCGAGUGCCCGAGUGCCCGCGUGUCCGAGUGUCCGAGUGCCCGAGUGCCCGUGUGUCCGUGUGCCCGAGUGCCCGAGUGUCCGAGUGCCCGAGUGUCCGUGUGUCCGUGUGUCCGAGUGCCCGUGUGUCCGUGUGUCCGGCGGUGCCGCUCUGUCCCCUCCCCGCAGCCCCGGCCCGGCUGGGGCUCCAUCCCCCGCCGCUCCCGGAGCGCUGUUCCAGCUGCCCAAACUCUCUCUGCCCUCUCUCCAAAUAAAGUUCCGGGACUCCUGCGAGAGCCAGCGAUGAUCGCCCGCGGCCGCUCCGGACUCUGCCUCGCUCUCUGCACCUUUGGGCUGGCGCUGCUGGGGGAUGUGUCCCGGGCUGUCCCCAUGGACGAUCAGGAUUAUUACCUGCAGGAAAUUACCAACAGGGAUCAUUAUUACUCCUUUCCAUAUCCCGGGGAAGAGUUCUUUCCUUUCACGGAGCAACCCGGAGAGGGAGGAUCUAUCCGUGCUGCAGAGACAGAGGAGCACCCAGAGUUUAAACCGAGCAGGAAGGAGUUAAAACAGAAGAAAAACAACAAAAAAGGAAAACCCAUUCUUGAAACCCCACCAGAUUGCCCUCCACUUGGUCUGGAGACAUUAAAAAUUACUGACUUCCAGCUCCAUGCCUCCACAGCCAAGCGCUACGGCCUCGGGGCCCACCGAGGGAGGCUCAAUAUUCAGGCAGGUGUUAACGAAAAUGAUUUUUAUGAUGGUGCUUGGUGUGCAGGAAGAAAUGACCCCUACCAGUGGAUUGAAGUAGAUGCUCGAAGGCUGACAAAAUUCACUGGAGUCAUCACCCAGGGAAGAAACUCCCUCUGGUCGAGUAACUGGGUGACCUCUUACCGAGUGCUGGUGAGCAAUGACAGCCACGCGUGGACUGCUGUCAGGAACGAAUCUGGAGAUGUGAUUUUUGAAGGGAACAGAGAGAAGGAGAUCCCAGUGCUGAACCUGCUGCCGGUGCCGCUGGUGGCGCGUUACAUCCGCAUCAACCCGCGCUCCUGGUUCCAGGAGGGCAGCAUCUGCAUGAGGCUGGAAAUCCUGGGCUGCCCCUUGCCAGACCCAAACAAUUAUUACCACAGAAGAAAUGAAAUGACAACCACUGAUAAUCUGGACUUUAAGCAUCACAACUACAAGGAGAUGAGGCAGCUGAUGAAAACUGUGAAUAAAAUGUGCCCAAACAUCACAAGAAUUUACAAUAUUGGAAAAAGCAACCAAGGACUGAAGCUGUAUGCAGUAGAGAUUUCUGACAACCCAGGAGAACACGAAGUUGGGGAGCCAGAAUUCCACUACAUUGCAGGAGCUCAUGGGAAUGAAGUGCUUGGACGAGAGCUAAUCCUUCUGCUCAUGCAGUUCAUGUGCCAGGAAUACCUGGCUGGGAACCCGCGCAUUGUGCACCUCAUCCAGGACACCAGAAUCCACCUGCUGCCCUCAGUGAACCCUGAUGGAUAUGACAAGGCCUAUAAAGCGGGUUCAGAACUGGGGGGCUGGUCUCUAGGACGAUGGACUCAGGACGGCAUUGACAUCAACAAUAACUUCCCUGACCUAAACUCUCUGCUCUGGGAGUCAGAAGAUCAGAAGAAGAGUAAAAGAAAAGUUCCAAACCAUCACAUCCCGAUCCCUGACUGGUACCUGUCCGAAAAUGCCACUGUGGCCGUGGAGACGCGGGCAAUCAUCGCCUGGAUGGAAAAAAUCCCUUUUGUGCUGGGUGGCAACUUGCAGGGGGGAGAGCUGGUGGUGGCCUAUCCCUACGACAUGGUGAGGUCCAUGUGGAAAACCCAGGACUACACGCCCACCCCCGACGACCACGUGUUCCGCUGGCUGGCCUACUCGUACGCCUCCACGCACCGCCUGAUGACGGAUGCCAGGAGGAGAGCCUGCCACACCGAGGACUUCCAGAAGGAGGAUGGCACUGUCAACGGAGCCUCGUGGCACACCGUGGCUGGAAGCAUCAAUGACUUCAGCUACCUGCACACAAACUGCUUUGAGCUCUCCAUCUAUGUUGGCUGUGACAAAUAUCCCCACGAGAGCGAGCUGCCAGAGGAGUGGGAAAACAACCGCGAGUCCCUGAUUGUUUUUAUGGAACAGGUCCAUCGUGGCAUCAAAGGCAUUGUGAAAGAUGUGCAUGGGAAGGGGAUCCCAAAUGCUGUUAUUUCAGUGGAAGGAGUUAACCAUGACAUUCGCACAGGAGCUGACGGGGAUUACUGGCGUCUCCUCAACCCGGGCGAGUACGUGGUGGGCGUCAAGGCCGAGGGCUACACGGCUGCCACCAAGACCUGUGAGGUGGGCUACGACAUGGGGGCCACCCAGUGCGACUUCACCAUCUCCAAGACCAACCUGGCGAGGAUCAAGGAGAUCAUGAGGAAGUUUGGGAAGCAGCCCCUGAGCCUGUCGGCGCGCCGGCUGCGGCAGCGGGCGCGGCGGUGGCAGCGGCGGUAGAGCUCGGCGCCAGCUCUGCUUCUCUCAGCCUGGCUGUAGUCGUAGUGAGAGUUACAUAGCCCAUCUCUUCAUGCCUUUUUCUCUGCACGAGGCCUUUCUGUUUGUGGAGCUGGAUGGAUCCUCGGGGGGUUCUCAUUUUUGGUGGGAAAAGAAUUGGAAAUGAAGUUCAAGUCGAACCGAAAGGAGCCCCCGGUUGAGGGGAGGGACAGGGGGAAUGGAGGAAGGUGAUUUGAGUUGAGCUGGAAUGAAAUGUUUUGCUUGUUGGGUUGUUUAAUCCUUUGUCAAUCUGUUUUCUUUAAAAAUUGAAGAGAAAGGAUAAAAAACAACAGCAGCAAAAAAAGAGAUACUUACAAACGAGAAGUGUUCUCAAUGAAAAAUUGAAAAAAGUAUCUAAAGUAUGAAAUUGGUAUACUUUUGCAACUCAAAAAAGUUUUGACACUCUUUAUGUUUUAUUCUCAUAUGGGAGGAAAAGCUGAGAGGCGACAACUUCUGUUUAAUGUGAUUAAAACUUGUGUCAAAAUUUCUCUCUUUCUCUGAAAGUUCCCCUUUUGAUAAGCACUAUAUUUCAGGAAAAAAAGCCUGCAGCGAAUAACCCACCUUUGCUUUCCUGCUUGGGUUGUUUAGAUUUAAGGAUGCUUUGUGCUGCCAGAGUUAAAUUCCAGAGUGUUUUCUCCUCUGGCUUUUCAAGGCUGCAAUUUUACUCCAUGAACUAAACCUGACAAAAAGGUUUUGGGAUCAGGACCACUGUGGUGUGGCACUUCUUCCCUGAUGUGGGAGAAGGACCUAAAAAAAGCUUUUCCUGAGGAUACAGCCACUUGUGUCAUGUAGGAGAGGAGAGGCUUAGUCCCAAAUCCUCUGAUACCAUCUUUUUUCUUAAUUUUUGGCCUGACUUGAGGUGCCUUUUAUGCUCCUGCACAUCUCAUGCCACUGUCUUCUGUGACAGGCAAGGGGCUCUGGGCUCCUCUGCUGGCCUGCUCCUCUUGCUGCUGCUUUUCUGGCCUUAUGCCUCUUUGGGAGCAGAGGUUGUGCUUUAUUGUUGGCUUCUGAGUAGUAAAAUUGUACAGCAGGACAGGAUUGAGGUUCAGGAAAGAUGCAGAGCACAUCUAGGAAAGAAUCAACACUGGACAAAGUGCCAGCUGACCAAAAUAUGACUUUGCUCCAUCAGCUUCAAUGUUAUGACCUAAAUUAUACCUAAAAAACAGAGUCAGCUGCAUGAUUUUAGCCAGUCUGUGGCUAAACAAACAUCUCUUAACAUGCUUGGUAGCAGACUGCAGCCUGCUCUUCCAAAUACUGUUUUAAACAUUUUGAUUGCUAUUUACAGUUUUUGCCAGUUUGGUAGGAUUCUUGGAAAAGACGUUCAGCAAAAUAUCGGUGAAACUGAGGAAAAAAUAAAGCAGAGUAGAAAAGUUACUGUAAAAAUACCAUGUGCCAUCUGCAUUAAUUAUUUUUUUAUUGUCAAGGAAUGGAGGAAACGCAUAAAAGGUAAAAGACUGCAGAAUGAAAAACAUAAUUUAGAGCCCAUGCAUAGUAAAUAAUUGUAUUCCUAAAUUUCUUAGGCAAUUUCAGCCCUUCCUUGUUCUGCAGAUACCAUUAAAUAACAGCAAAGGCUCCAAUAAAACAGAAGAGUGCACUUUUAAUUCUCUGUGACUGAAAUUAUGGAACGCCUCCAAGUCUGUAUCAUUUCAAUUAAGUAACAGAAGUAAACAACUCAUCCAAUCAUUCCAUCAUGGGGAAUUAUAUUUUACUAAUUUCACCCUCUUUGCACCCUUACAGCAUCCUGUAUGCCAUAUAUUUCUGUAUAGCAAACAUAACUGCAGUUGUCAAGAAGAGAUAUUAUUUUUUUCUUGAGAGGUGGGAAGGGAUUAAUGAUGUCUUUGUGCAGGUAACAAAGUGAAAUAAUUUUGGAAUAUGGAGUAAUGACAGCAGACAAUUUGUUUGCAGUUAAAUUUGAUGUGUUCACUGGCAUAUGUAGAUUUGAUGACCAUCAUGAUAGAUCAAGAGCACACAAGAUUUUUUGGGUUAUGAAUGGAGUUUUUUGGGUGGAUUCUCUCUGGAGUCCCGCAAAGGCAACUUUGUGGGUGGUUGGAAUGCACUGGCAGAAGUGGAACAAAAUAGCCAAAUUUAAAUGGGAUUAAAGGUGGAAACCACUGCUUUAGUCCUGGCAGGUGAGGUCUUUCUACCCUGAGAUAAUGGUGUGAGAGUUCAACUUUACAAACCUUGAGGUUCCUGUGCUUUGUUCUCAGAACUGAGGUUCCUCCUGUGAGAAAUGAUUUUUCAUUUGAUAAGAAGGAAUGGAUUUGAUGGGGAAUCCUUGGACAUCUGUUGGCUAAGACUGGAUGGACUCUGAUUGCUGAAGGCCUCAGGUGCUGGGGACAGUGGCUUUGGUGUUCUUUCCUGGCUGUCACUAGUGCUUACACGAGUUUGGGCACAGCAGAACUGGGACUAAUGCAGGUGACCUUACUCCAUUUUAGUCCAGGCAUUCCUAAAUAAAUGGCCUAAUAGCUGUCAA